AUGAGUAGUUUGAUGUACAUUAGUCAGGAAGGACAUUCUCAAGACUCCUUCUGCUCUUUCUGGCUUUAUUUUUCAGCUGUAGCAGAAGUGAAACUUCGAGAUGAUCAGUAUACUUUGGACCACAUGCGUGCCUUUGGCAUGUAUAAUUACCUACACCUUGAUUCUUGGUACCAGGACAACGUCUACUAUGUUGAUCAACUUGGAAGGGUUAUGAAUUUAUCAGUGACUCUGGAUACUGCUCUUCGGAAGCCAAGAGAAGUAUUCAGGCUACCUACAGACAUGACAGCUUGUGAUAAUCGCCUUUGUGCAUCAAUACACUUUUCAUCAUCUACCUGGGUUACCAUUUCAGAUGGAACAGGAAGAUUAUAUCUUAUUAAAACAGGCAAACGUGGAGAUGCUGCAUCUGAAAAAUGGGAGAUAAUGUUUAAUGAAGAACUUGGGAGUCCCUUUGUUAUUGCCCACAGUGUUUCCUUUAUAAAGUCAGAUGUGCACUCAGUAGCUGGGCUUUUGCUUCGAGUAGAAAAAGAUGAACUUGAUGCAAAGGGAAGUGGCUUCUAUGUGUCCUUGGAGUGGGUUACUAUGACAGAAGUAGACAAAGAGGAUAAUAAAAUAUAUGAAAUCUUCAAGCGCAGAGUUCUCCAAGGAAAAUCAGUCCCUCAUUAUGCAGCUAUAGAACCAGGUGGAGAUGCUCUAAUGAUUGUCUCCUACAAGCCCUUCAGAUUUAUGAAGGAUGAGGAGAACCAGCUUGAAGAAAAUGAAGAUGGGAAAAUAGCAGAUGAAAAGAAAGACCCUGUCUAUUACUGGCAACAGACUGAAGAUGAUUUGACAGUAACCAUUCACCUUCCACAAGACAUCACUAAAGAUGACAUACAAAUACAGUUUCCUCCUGAGGGUAUCAUUGUAGCAUUGAAAAAUCAGUCUCCUUUGUUGGAAGGAAAGCUCUAUUCAUCUAUUGACCAUGAAAGCUGCACAUGGAUAAUUAGAGAUAAUAGUUUGGAGAUUUCUAUAAUUAAGAAAGAUGAAGGACCCAUGUGGCCAGAGCUGAUAGUGGAUGAUUCACGAGGAGAAUUCAUCAUGGGCUCUUCCCAGUGUUCUGCAGUAGCUGAACGCCUGAUGCAUCUUACCUCUGAAGAAAUGAAUCCACACCCUGAGAAAGAAAACCCUCCUUGUAAUGCACAGGAAUUGGAGGAAUGUGACAUUUUUCUUGAAGACAGCACAAGUUUAUGCAGAUUUGAUGGUAAUACAUUGAAAAUCACACAUGUGGUGAAUCUUGGAAGCAACCAGUAUCUCUUCUCAGCAGUGGUGGAUCCCAAAGAAAUGCCUUGUUUCUGUUUGCGGCACGACAUUGAUGCUCUUCUCUGGCAGCCACGUUCUAACCAACCAGACAGUAUGUGGGAACAUAUUGCAACUUUUAAUGCUUUAGGUAUGGAAUGAACUGCCCUGGGGCCCAUAUC